UUUCUUCACAUUCAACUACUCUUCUUGUUCCUCUUAACGCUGCGCCAGGCCGCAUCCCUUCCUUGUACACGGUUUCUAUCAUGCGCUUCACAUCUCAGUUUGUUGCUUUCACAGGCAUCUGCGUUAUCAUCGCUCUCGUGCUUCCACCCCCUGCCGACGCUGCAUAUAUUGCAAGCCAUCCCAUUGGUAACCGUGUUUCCACUGCGUACCAGGCUGAUAAGCCACGCUCUAUCUUUUCAUUUCCGAGCCUGACUGCUGGACAUGAUCCCCACAAAUCCUCCGAGAGCAAAGGAAAGGCGAAUGUCAAUACUCCUAGUUCGAGGUUCUUCAGGUUUUCCGAUUCCGACCCAUUGAACCCGCUGGCCGGCGUUCAGGAUUUUAGCUUUGCUCACGUUCGCAGUGAUGAUGUUCAUCCACCUUUCUCGCCGCGCGAUGCCUCCACACGUCGUCCUACUCCUCUCUCUCGCCGCUCGUCUGCUCUCGUCCACGGUACAGGCGGAAAUAACUAUCUAGUCUCCAGGGGAGCAGCUUCCAGUAAUAUUUCCGGGAUCAUUGACAUUGUGAGCGGAGAUCAAGGCCGGCACCUCGCAUCUCUCGCCCUCGAUUCUUUGGCGUAUAACUCCACCAAUACUACGUCGACCAACUCGACCAGCGGACACGCUAGUAAUGGCUCCUUCCCUCUCAAUGCGUCAAGUACAAAUGGGACACAGUUCUACUUGGUCGAUGCUAAUGACAACUCAUUCGACAACCCUGCAAACGCGACGAAGCACGUCAUGGUCCAAACUAAUAUGUUUAAUUCCCUCUACUGUGCGACUUUCGACCCGAACCCAUCUGGGCCCGAGCCAAUGAUGAUGGAGAUGUGCAAUCCGUCGCCAUCGGAGAACGACGUCAGAAACCUGGAUUACUCAUAUAACAACGGCAUGGCGCCUAUCGUCGACUACACCAUUUUGGCCACGGAUCCACACAAGAGCCAGAUCUUCGAGUACAAUCCCUCUACUGGUGUCAUCAAGCCGAUGUGGACGAACAGCGAUGGCAGCACUUCUUCCCAUGCGAUGUUUGUUGAGCGGGAUAGUACGAACACCAGCUCCACGUCUGCGCCUCAGCCCACUCCUUCCUCGUCUGCACCAGAAGCACAGAACGUGACUCUAGUGUUCCGGCCUUCGGAUCAUGCGGUCUCUGCACCUCCACCUUCUACUGAUGCUGCUGAAUCGAGCGCAGACGAUGUGGUGACGACGACUAUUACCACUACGGUUGUCUACACUGCCACCGCAACCCCGUCUUCAUCUUCGUCGUCCGCUGCUGGAAGUCCUGUGGCCGCUAUCGCUGCGCUUACCAUGACAUCUUCAUCAUGCUCGUCAAUGCCGACAACAUGCAAUUCGACAUCGACAUCGACACCCUCUCCUGCUAUCCACGCUGCUGCUGCUGCUCCUUCAAGCGCGGGUUCGCUUUCUUCGAAAGCAACUCCCACAGGCCCCGCCCCCAUUCAACCUACAUCAUCAUUGAUGCCACCCUCUCCUUCUGUCCACGCUGCUAUCGCCGCUUCAAUCCCAGGGUCGUUAUCUUCUCAAGCAACCUCCACAGUCCCAGCGACUACCGCCCAACCGACAUCUUCAUCUAUCCCGCCCUCUCCUUCUGUCCACGCUGAUAUCGUUGCUUCAAGCCCGGGGUCGUCAUCUUCUCAAGCAACCUCCACGGGCUCGGCGACUACCACCCAGGCGACAUCGACCUCGCAGCCCGUGAGCGGCUCACUGGAAAUCGAGUUCGUCCCGAUUGCGGGUUCCCCGUCUUCUGCGUCCAUCACAUCAUCUUCCCCGUCGUCCUCAUCUUCUUCCUCUACCUCCUCUGCCCCCUCUACCUCCUCUACCUCCUCGUCGCCAUCCACAACGCCCAGCCGGAUGAACGCGGCUGCAAUCGCUUCAGAAAUCGCCAACUCUCAUUCCAACACUUCUACCACGAUCAACACUAACACAAGCAGUGCUUCUGCUAGUUCAACGGCUGCGCCAACAACCACCACAAAAUAGGUAGCUAUCUUAUAUCGAGAACGUACUUAGAUAAGUAAAUUAGACUAUAAUUGUAUCACUGCAAUGGACAGAUUGUCAUGCGAAUUAUAUUGUCGCUAUAUGAGAGAGC